AAACGAUAAAGCCGCCUGUAAAUUUUCGUAUUCUUCCUAGUUCUUACCUCAAGAAAGUCUGAGCUCAAUCUUGAAUUUUUUCGAUACAGGCGUUGUUCAUUUCGUACAACGCUACAAUUUGAGUAUUCGUAUUUUGUUUUGUUUGUUAUAAUCUGUUCAAUCUCCCCAGAUUUAGUCCGUUCGUUUUUUUUUUUUAAAAAAAACAACCCAAGUACAAACAAAAACGAGAUAUCCCCCAUUUCCCCUUCUAAAUUCCAUGGACACCCUUUCUUCGUACGACAAAAACAAGAGGAACAAUCCUAGAUCUCACUUUUCUCCCCUAAUCUCCCGCUGUUUUGUCCACUAAUUCGUUAUUUCUCGCCGCAAACCCGUUUUGAUUUCUCGGCCUUGUUGAUUCUGGGCUUGGGCUUUGAUUUUUUUGUUUGUUUAUUUAUUAGUAUUGUUAUACUUAUGGCGACGUUGCAGAAAUUCAAGUUGCUGGCAACCCAGUGUGCGGUGGCCGGAAGUCCGACGAGGAGCCCGUCGGCGAGCCCGGUAAUACACCUCCGGCGGAGGAAGACGCUCCGAAUGCUACUCAGCCGCGGCGGAAAUGGUAGCCGGAGGCUGUCUCGAGGGGAGGAAGAUUCGCUGGAUCGGUUAAGGAACAACGAGAGGAAUUCGCGGGAGAAAGGGAAGGAAUUAGCGGUUAGCCAAAAGCUGAGGGACUUGUUCGUUUCGUCUCCGCCGCAAUUUGAUGAAAGGGUGUCGGAAAAUGUGAGAGACGGGAUGUUAUCACGCGGCGUUGAUGCUGCCGGCGGCGGAGGUGCCGGAUUGAGGAGAUUCGGUGGGAACAGAUCUCUUAGACCGUUAUCGGCCACGUUCCGGCAACGGUUGCUCAGAAGGGCUUGGAGACCUGUGCUGGUGGCUAUACCAGAAUAACUUUUUUUUUCUGCAAAACUGUACUACGCAAUAUUUUUUAGUAUAAAAUAAUAUACUAAUAUAAUAUACUGCAUUAAUUUUAAUUUUACACUUGAAUUAUUUCCUCUUUCUUUUUGUUGUGAGGUAUUCUGGAUUCAAAAAAAUACGAGCUGAAAUUCCGCCAGUUUUGAUCGAAUGUGAAUUCUGGAAAAUCAUUUUUCUAUGGUUUUUGAGUUUCUAUUUCAAGGGUUUGGUGUUGGGUAGUUCAGCAGCCGUCUUGCCUCUUUGAUGCAAGUAUGGCCGAAGAAUACGUUUUUGACUUUUAGUUGCGAUCCGGCACUAAAAUUCAUAAUAAUUGUCACCCCCAUAUUGAGUAGCACACUCUAAUGGGAAAUGGAUCCCCCAAUCCAUUUGUUAGCACUAUAUCAUUCCGUAUUUAUUUUUAUUUUCCGGGUUCAAAAAUAAUUAUUCUAGUAUUAUUUGUUAUCUUAAAAAUUACAACGUG